UCAAUUUUUCACACAACACAUACUCAGACUCUUCUCCUUUUCUGCUCUUCAUCAGCUCAUCAGCUCAUCAGCACUUUUGCCCCCAAAGUUUGGGUUCUUGCACUCAUUUUAACAUUCUUGAUUCUUCUCUCUACUGCAUUUUUAGCAGAAAACAGAGGUCUCUGUUCUCAGGUUUCUGACUUGUCGUAACAUAGAGAUUUCGACAUAUUCUAGUGAAGAAAGCUGAAAAAUCGAUGACCAAGCAAAACAUGGUGGUUGCCGACGCCAAGACCGGAAUCAACGUGGCGAUAUCAAUGGCGGUUUCUGGGUCCUCCCUUUUCACCACGGCGGCGCAGCGGCCCCCUCCGGCGGCCGUUCCCGGACCUUACAUCACCAUUUCUAGGAUCAAUAAUGGCGCAAGAAUCAACGCGUGGGUCGAUUCUAUGAGGGCUUCUUCUCCCACUCGUAUAAAAGCCUCAUCUCUCUCCGAUGACCAGGAUUCUUGGAUUCUACACCAUCCAUCAGCUCUAGACAUGUUCGAGCAAAUCACAAGUGCCUCAAAGGGAAAGCAAAUUGUCAUGUUCUUGGACUAUGAUGGCACCCUUUCACCCAUAGUGGACGACCCUGAUCGAGCCUUCAUGUCUGAAGCGAUGAGGGCGACAGUGAGGAAACUUGCUAGAUAUUUUCCCACUGCCAUAGUGAGUGGGAGGUGCAGGGACAAGGUGUACAGUUUUGUGCGUCUGGCAGAGCUGUAUUAUGCUGGAAGCCAUGGCAUGGACAUAAAAGGCCCAUCAAAAGGUUCCAAAUAUAAGAAAGGUGCUCAAGCUGUUCUUUUCCAGCCAGCAAGUGAAUUUCUGCCCAUGAUCGACGAGGUUUAUAAAGCCCUUUUGGAGGUGACAAAAUCUACACCAGGGGCAAGGGUGGAGAACAACAAAUUCUGCGUCUCUGUACAUUUCCGCUGCGUUGAUGAGAUGAAAUGGAGUGAACUGGCCAAGCAAGUUGGGGCUGUAUUGGAAGACUACCCCAACCUUCGUUUGACCCAAGGAAGAAAGGUGUUAGAAAUCCGUCCAACUAUUAAAUGGGACAAAGGGAAGGCUCUUGAGUUCCUAUUAGAGUCACUUGGUUAUGCAAAUUGCACUGAUGUCUUUCCUGUUUACAUCGGAGAUGAUCGAAGCGAUGAAGAUGCUUUUAAGGUGCUGAGAGAGAGGGGUCAAGGAUUUGGGAUUCUUGUGUCCAAGAUUCCCAAAGAGACGAAUGCAUCUUAUUCAUUACAAGAACCAUCCGAGGUCAUGGCAUUCUUGAGGCGGUUAGUGGGUUGGAAAAGAAUGUCGUUGAGACGACAAUUCAGAAUGAGAAGACGACUGGAAGAGAUCAAAGUGUCCUUACCAAAUUGAGAAGUAUGUAAUAACAUAACUAUAUGUUGAUUUAUAGGUAAGAUUAAGUGAAAAUACUCUGCAAGUGUAAUGCUUCAAGGGAGAAUUAGGGAAGGUGGAGGUGAAAAAGGCGAAAAUGUCCUCUUUGUAUCGGGCCCUAGUACAACUUUGUAAUUAAGAUUGUACUAGGGUAAAUUUGUAAUUUUAUUCCCUUAUUUAAGUAAAUAGAAUUUUUACA